CUUCCAAGGUCAAUGACGAGCGCAUACAGCUGCCAUUUUGUUUAAAUAUUUCCAAACGCAUCCCCUCCAAAUUGAAAACAACCGAAGGUCGACGCUGUGCUCGAUCUCUAUAAAGUAUUUUUGGUUAGGUUAAUAGCUGUGUUAAGGAUAUUAAACAUGAUCAAAUAGAGAUACUUUGGUUGAUGAGAUGGACGUUGCCGGAGAUUUGACCCUACAAUGGGUCGAGGAAGUAGGAAAUGUAGUCCACGAAGAAGUGAUAUGCGGCUUAGAAGCGGAUUUGACGACUCCGGAGGAGGAGGUGAUCGGUGCCUGCGAGGAAGUGAGCGUGGAGGACACUGUAGAGACAGUUACAGAGUCUUGCCCUGCUCCUGACUCUGAAAUCCUCCUUGUACCGCAGUCAAAUGAUAUGGAAUCUAUCUACAUCGUACCACAGGAUGGCCAAGGUCAUGAUUAUCUUAACAUCCAGGUGACGGAGGAAGUGAUCACCGAUAAUUGGGACAGGCCAGGGCAGCAUGAUGGCAUUGACAUACCAGAGACCAAAGUGUCACAUGACAAUUUGUUAGAAUACGAUGAUAUGGAGAUACCAUUGCCAAUUGAUCAAGAUUCUUAUACAAACACUCGUCCGUAUCCAUGCGACUUUUGCAGUCGUAGAUUCAGGAAAAAAGCCAAUCUGAUGAACCACAUGGUAGCACAUCAAACUGAUCGCCCUCACGGAUGUAAUUUAUGUGGUGCUCGAUAUGUUCGGAAAUGUGACUUGAUGAACCACUUGAAGAUCCAUGCAUAUGCGCCAUCCCGUGAUGGGUUGGAUGAUGAUUUGAAUGAUGACGAUUCCCUUGUACCAGAUGAAGAAGAAACAAACAAAGGUAGACGCAAAAAAGUUCAGUCCAGUGCACCACGAAAGCGCAAAAACAAUGCUGCGGCAGCUAAGAGGGCUGCACCGGAAAUCAAAGUUGAAAUGGGCAAAUAUGUAAACAAAUCUUACGAUUACGUCGACGAAGAUAUGCGUCUUCUUGAAGAAAUGACCACUAGGAAUUCUGCACGGGGUAAUAAUUAUGCUUCGAGUUCGAGGUGGGGUGAUCAAAUGUCUCCAGAGUUGACAGAACCACAGCCACCACGUUGGCCUAUUACGGAUCCAACCAAACCGUACGUUUGCCAACAUUGUGGUGUAGGAUUUGCCAGAGAAAAAGCACUGGCUUCGCACGCACGCGUUCACGGUGGCGACAGUCCAUUCGAAUGCACUUCGUGUGGUGAUAUGUUCUGGGAUGUUAACACUCUGCGAGAACAUGUAAGGACUAAACAUGCUGGCACUGUGCAAUCGGACUUGGAAGAGUACGAUAAUGAUGCAACUUACACUGGCGAUGAACGAUUCGGGGAAUUCUACUGCGAUACAUGCGGAGUACCUUUCCAUCGCCUGGAUCUUCUCAAACGUCAUAGAAAGAUACAUGUUAAACAAGAAAACGAUGUGAUGACAGAGGGCUCCAGCCAGCACCAUGUGUGCAAUGUUUGUGGAGAAUGGUUCCAGGAGGCUUUGGCAUUACUAGCACACGCUGAGCUACAUGCCAGAUCACCUACUCGCCGUUGCUUGCUAUGCGGCCAACGGUGUCGAGAUGAUGCAGAAGUUGCAGAGCAUGUUCGUCAGGUGCACGCUGAAGAUGCACCCCCUAAUACCUGCACACUUUGCGGGAAGACUUGCAAAGAUAAGCGCAGUUUGAUUAAGCACUCUUGGGUUCACAAUGCCGACAAGACAUUUGGAUGUACAAAGUGUGGAAAACGCUUCCAUAGCAAGGCCAGACUUCGAAGGCACAUGGUAUCCCAUCGUAACAAGAUGGUUGCUUGCGAUGAAUGUGGUGAAGAGUUUCCCGAUGGUAGAGCUCUGGUGAGCCAUCGUCAUUCGCACAACAAGGAUUUGGGCGGCCGUUCUUUCCCUUGCAGAGAAUGUGGAAAGACAUUCGGUAGCCGUAGCUCGCAGCAAAUCCACAUUCGCAUACAUACGGGUGAAAGACCCUAUGGAUGUCGUUUUUGUUGGAAGGCAUUUGCUGAUGGCGGAACUUUGAGGAAGCACGAACGUAUCCAUACCGGUGAAAAACCUUAUGGCUGCGCCAUAUGCCCUCGGGCUUUCAACCAGCGUGUCGUUCUACGUGAACAUGUAAGGGCUCAUCAUUCGGGUCCAGAUCCAAAGUGUCAUGGCAGCAUGACCCCGUACUUAUGCAAAGUAUGUGGAGAGUCUUAUGCUACUUCUGAAGAAAUAGUUGCCCAUAUAGUGCAGCACUGCGAUGACAAUACCGCUUUGCGCCGGCAACCACAAACCGGUCCGAGGAAAUACAAACGCAGGCGUAAGCUUAAGCCUUAUGAAACAAAUGCCAUUCCUCCUCGUAUGGCUGUGAGUUUUGAAACGCCAGAAGUUGCGUCAGAUUCAGAUGACAAUACAAAACGAAAACUUGGGAAAAAAAAUAAGCAGCAGCACAGGUCAAAUGUGGAAGAAGGAUAUCAAAAUGUAUUGAAAAGUUUUGAAAGCUCCCUUCAGAAUAUAAGCUCGAUAGUAAGUAACUCUAAAGCUAACCCGGCCAAAUCUAAAGUUUCUAAGAAGAAGCUUAAGAAGGAAGAGAAAAAAAGCGAAACACAGACUUCAGCUCAGACUGGCAGACCAAAAAUGAUCCACACUCAAAAAACUCGUGUGCCAGUUCAAGUUGGCGGUGACGGAGUAAAAAGAGGACAGAAAACUAAGACCAUGGUUACUAGAACUCCCAAAGUUAUGCCAAACGAGCACAAAACUGGGAUAUUCCCUGGUGGGGAAAGGAAUAGACCCCGAACCAAAAAUGUCAGUUAUCAUAUUGAAGGGAAGCUUCAACUUACCUCAGCAACAUUCCCAAAACCAAAUGAUGAGGCGGAGAAGUUACAAGUUACUUUUACAGAUAAUGUAAAACUUGAACCUGGAUUGCAAAAGUCCAGUGGUAUUCACAGCAACAAUAAUGGUAAUAUUGUGGCAGUCACGCCCAAGGCUGAGCCUGUGCCAAGAAAAAAAGCAGUCGUCGUGAAAAGAAUGAAAAAACAGAAACAAGUGGUGAUCAAGGAAGAACCGAAAGAUGAGGAUAUGUCCCAACAUGCAUCUCAAAACAAUAAUAACCCAUUAGAAAAUAAUCAAAUAACUCAUAUGAUGGAUCAUGGUAUGGAUGGCAACAAUUUAGAAGUUGCCUACGAAACGAGCAUCGCCAAUGCCGUAGAGGAAUCUAUUCUACCCGACCUAGAGGUACCGGUAGAUCACGAGGAAAUUGAAAAGGAAAAUUUCCAAAUCAGUGUUAAAAUGCUUGAAGCCACACCUAACAGAAUGUUAACCGUACAUCAUGUUAUAACUCCAGUCGAUGAAGUGCCGGAAACUAUAAUACCAGAUGCGUUGGAAUAUACAUGUGAAAUGUGCUCGGCUGUGUUUGCAAGUCGUGCCGAACUUCUGGUACACGUCCCGAUACAUAUUUGAUUGCAUUUGACUCAUGUAAUGUCUAAAAUAUUCAGGUUUGUUCUAUUAUAGGCCUACUUCGGUCUUAUCAGAGUUUCAUUUUAAUACCGUUGCGGAUGGGUGGAUAAAGUCGGCUCAUCUAUUCAUUAAAAUUGGUAAUACUAUACUUUUAAGCCAAAGCCUUCCCUCACAUAUGCUUGUUGCACUCUGAGUUAUAACACAUUUCUUGUUUAUUGUUUUACAUUUUCAUUGUAUUCAGUUGUUACACACAAACAAUCUUCACUUGACUUUUACAAUCACGUCUUGAUAUCCGAGUUCAAAUUCAUUUCUCUUUACCCUGAUUCGUUGCACCGUAGAUUAUGAUCAUACCUUGCUCCAAGUGACAUUCAAUCCGAUAUAAAGAAAAAAAUUAAGAAAAAAUAGCUGUGUUUGUCACUGCAUCGUUGAAUGAUAAUGAAUGUUUCAAUGCAUUUAGAUUAGACAAUUGGAAUAAGAUUUCAACUCUAAUUGACUGUUAAAAAAAAUUUAUGUGGAUGUAAUCAUUAAUGUUUUACUUAGGUGAAUUCAUAAAUAAUGUAUAAUACCUAAAUUCAUCACUACUGACUAAAAAGUGUGUAUUAUAUCCUACAUUUUGUAUUCAAUUCACAUCUCAAAAAAAAAAGGUCUCCGCUCCGUGGUUUUCGCCCAUAUUUUCAUUCGGUGUUUUAAUUAUUAAAGUUAAUGUAAUUACUUACUGAGUUUUAAUGAUAUAGUAGUUUAUCGAAUUCAGCGUUAUAAGUUCUUUCAAUAAUAAUUCGUUUGCAGAUAUUGGUAGUUACAAAUGCCAUGUCAUAAGUAUAGAAAAUAAAAAUAAAAAUAUAUAGUUUUUUAAGUUAACACACAACGUACGAGAUAUGCAUAAUUAGUUCGUAAUAAAUAUUUUGGAAAUGAGGCCAAAUACAUAGCCAAAUGCUAAUUUCUCUUCAUUUUUUUUCUCUAAUCUACUUUGCAAUAGACAAAGUUACAUAUUAGCAUAGCAAAAAUAUUUCAUUUCCGUAUUAUUAUGUAGCAGUCAAAGAAAUAAUAUUAUAAUACAAGCAACGAACAUCCUAGUUGCUGAUAAUAUGUAAGACUCUGAAGUCAGAUCUAUUUUAUGCUAGAUAUUCAUAAAAAAAAUUAAAAAAAAGAAUGAAAAACACGGUAUCACGCUUGUAUACAUUGUUCUAACAACUUGAGUAAUUUCGUGUUCUGUAUAUACGAUAUAUUUCCUGAAGUUUGGACAGUUAUAGUUUGUUUGAAUCUUGUUCUGAAAUUAUAAUAUACAAAAUUUUUAGUGGUAUCAAAAUUACCGAAUCAUUGUAGUGGUUGACAAAACAAUAAAAGAAACAGUAAGAUAAAUAAAGAAAACUGACAAAAAAACAACUAAUAAAUAUUUAUGGGUGUGUUAUAUUUGUUCAUAUAAAAUAUAUAUUAUGCAAAUUUAUGAAUAAUACUGCUGAUAUUUGCAUGCCCAAAAAUUCAUGGUUUAGUGGGAUAUUUAAAAUAUUUUAUAAUCACAUAGAUGCCAAUAAAAAUUAAAUAAAAAUAUAUCACAGACAGUUUAUUACUCAAUAUGGCUUCUUCUUCAAGAUCAUUGGAGUGGUUGUAUCAAUCGCAAAGCCAUUAACUCAUCAUCGAUUAUUCAAUAUCACCUUAUGAGCUGUGUAUUAUCUUUACCACAUGGUAUGGAAUCAGCAGUAUCGUUAAGCCUAUUACAAUUUUGUUUUACUUAUAGAUAUUCAACUGUUGCUUCUCACAGAUGGAAAUAUUUUUUUGACUGAAUAAUAAUUCUAUCACUUUGACAUUGUGUACAGGCAACCCUUGCUCGGCGUAGUGUUAAUUUGUUGCUUCAUUUUGAAUGUACUGAUGAACUAACAUUGGCUGUAUUUGUGACAUUAAAUGUAAUAGUUUAUUUUGUUCAUUGGCUACGGAACGGAGUUGAAAAAUUUAUAUUGUAAAUUUGUUGCAAAUAAUGUGUCUAGUCUUAUUUUGAAAAUACUAGACACCAUAAAUUUCAAGUCUUGAUUGCGGCAGGCUUCUCACCGAUGAACCAUUAUUGCAAACAAUUCAAAACCAACAAUGCUCAUUCCCACGAUACAGUACUACCUCUAUUAAACAAUUCAUCGGAUGUAGAAUAUCAAUAUUUAAAUCUGUAGUUGUUCAGCAACAUAUUAUCUUAGUUAUUAUUUGUCUCAAUUGUUAAAUUUCAGAAAAACUCUAAACUCAACAUGUGUACAGUCCAGUACUGGAAUUUCCAUUAGUAAAACAUUAUAGUUGAAUGAUGUUAAAAUCACAUUUACAUUAAUCGUACAUAGCUGACAGGCUGUUCGAACUCUAAAUGCGUUGCAACAUUCGGUGAUAAUUCGAGCAAUUUUUCACAUCAACAAGACCUUCACUUUAUCUGGAUAAGAAUUUUAAAUGUAAGCUCAGGCUACAAUUAUUUUUUUAUUCAUACGUGCAAGCGCUAACGUCGAGUCUUUGCAUCCUGCAUGAGGGAUUUAUAAAACAUGUGGUGUGGGAUGCAAUGGACAUAAUACAGACGAGUGGAAUAAUUGUUAUACUCAGGAGUCGUUGGACUUUAAAUGAUUUAUUUGGUAAUAAUUACAUACAGCAGCUGGUACAGUUGUACAAUUAAAAAGAAAAAAUUUAUAUCAGUAUCGAAUUUGCAAGUCAUUUUAUUACAUGAGAUAUAAUAAUAUAGAUUAAAGGCAUAUUGAAAACAUGAUGUACCUAAAUCAUGAAUAUGUAAGUAAUUGUGGUGUAUCUUUAUAUUACUAAUUAAAAACAAAUAAUUAAUCUGUAGGAUAUUAAAGUGUUGUAUGGUAAAACCUUAUCAAUCUAAGAAUCUUAUAACAUAAAUACAAACAAAUAAUGUAUGAGUUCAGUUGUAAUUUAUGCUCUACUAUACAAUAAUCGCAUAUCCCAUAUAGGGAUACGAGAUUGCUUUCACCGGGUAAAAAUAGUAAGUUGUACAUAUUAUUAUCUUGGGUAUAGUACGGUGGUGCAAUUUACUGUUAAUUGUAGCUGUAUUUUUCUUUGAAUAAAUCAUUAAUAGAUAAAUGUUUUGUUGAAACGCGUGAUGAUAAAACCCGCAGAAUUUACUAUGGAUAACAUAGACCUAAAGUUGGAUAAUAAUUGUACGGAUAGUACUAGAUAAGUACACAGAUUGCCCAAUCGAAAA